GAUAAUUAGCAGAGUUCGUUAGGAUUGAGAGUGAUUUGCUGUUUUGGAAUCAUAAAGUUUGCGUUUUUAUUGGUUUAAAACUAGCUUUGAAAGAGUUAUUGCAGAGAAAAGUAUGGGAUCGAGAGGAAUUAUCAACGAUAAGUGGUCAAUGAGGAUUCUUUGGGGUUGUGCUAUCGGAAGUGCAAUUGGUUUAUACAUGGUUGCUGUAGAAAGACAAACUCAGAACAGGGCUCGUGCUAUGGCUGAGGGUUUGAGAGCUGCUGAGUCACAAGCAAGGCGUCUUGCGUUUACGGGAUGUGUUAUUCUAUUAAGUAAAAGUCUUCCUUCCUAUAAAAGCAUGAGGGAUCAUUUAUCCGAAAUUUCAACUUUCGCACGCAGGAUUCUGAAGGAUCUCCCUAUGAUGGAGCCAAGUAAGCUAGAUCUUGACCAUGAAAUGAUGCCUGGGAUGGUUGUGCUACACCCAGAUCAUGAGACCAUGGCGAGUGAACUGGAAGAGGAAGAUCCUGACCACACAACUAAGCCUAUGGGAUAUGGUGUAGGUAGGGGCUACGGAAGUGGUGGGUCUGGUGUUGGCUAUGGCGUUGGAAUUGGCUCUAGUGGAGGCAGUGGCUUUGGGGAAGGAAUUGGUUCUAGUGGAGGCAUUGGCUUUGGAGAAGGUAUUGGCAUUGGAGAAGGAAUAGGAUCCGGGUCUGCCCAACCCAAUUGCGGUCCUGUCUCGGGAGCUCCAGGCGAAGGGAUUGGUAUCGGAAUAGGACAGGGCUCUAGUGGUGGACCCGGUGUAGUUGUCCCAGGCGCAACAAUCCCUCCCAUAGUAGUUCCAGGCGCACAGAUUCCCGGUUUUACGAUUCCAGGUAUCACAGUUCCUGGCUACGGUUCUGGCUGCCAAACAGGUGGCUGCAAUCCGAACCCACCACACUACUAUAUCCCACCAAGAUGUCCACAUUGUCCACCUUUCACAUCAGGAGAAGACAAGCACAUGGAUGUACCUACUGAGGUAUAUCAAUGUUUGGAAACGACCGGAGAAGGUGAAAACUGGUGGGAGGCUGUUGAUUUGCAGAAGUUGAUUUUGGCUCAUAAUGACAUUGAGGUUUUAAGGGAAGAUCUGAAGAAUCUUGCCUGUUUGGUUGUGUUAAAUGUCAGUCACAAUAAUCUCUCUCAACUUCCAGCAGCUAUUGGGGAGCUUACUGCGAUGAAGUCUUUGGAUGUGUCAUUUAACUCUAUAUCAGAACUUCCUGAACAAAUUGGUUCAGCAAUUUCUCUUGUCAAGCUUGACUGUUCAAGCAAUCGGCUUAAAGAAUUGCCAGAAUCUAUUGGGAGAUGUUUAGACUUAUCCGAUUUGAAGGCCUCAAAUAAUCAAAUUUCCAGUUUGCCAGAAGACAUGGUGAACUGUUCGAAGUUAUCUAAACUGGAUGUGGAGGGAAACAAGCUCACAGCUCUCUCUGAGAACCACAUAGCAUCAUGGACCAUGCUUACAGAACUUAAUGCAUCGAAGAAUAUGCUGAGUGGUCUGCCACAAAAUAUCGGAAGCCUUUCACGUCUUAUUAGGCUUGACCUUCAUCAGAACAAAAUCUCGUCUGUUCCACCAUCAAUAGGCGGUUGCUCCUCUCUUGUGGAGUUCUAUUUGGGAAUUAACUCGCUAUCAACAUUACCAGCCGAGAUUGGAGAUCUAUCACGUCUAGGAACAUUGGAUCUUCGUUCUAAUCAGCUCAAGGAAUAUCCAGUUGGGGCAUGUAAAUUGAAGCUCUCGUACCUAGAUCUUUCAAAUAAUUCCUUGACAGGAUUGCAUCCUGAGCUUGGAAACAUGACUACUCUGAGAAAGCUUGUGCUUGUUGGCAAUCCUUUGAGAACCCUUAGAAGCUCAUUAGUAAAUGGUCCUACAGCUGCUCUAUUGAAGUAUCUUAGGAGCCGCCUUUCUAAUAGUGAAGAAACAAGUGCAAGCACUCCAACAAAGGAAAAUGUAAUUGCUUCAGCAGCUCGUAUGUCCAUUUCAUCAAAGGAACUUUCUCUGGAAGGUCUCAACUUGAGUGCUGUCCCUUCAGAAGUUUGGGAAUCUGGUGAGAUCACGAAAGUUAAUCUUUCUAAGAACUCUAUCGAGGAAUUGCCUGCUCAACUUUCCACAUCUGUUUCCCUUCAGACUUUAAUUUUGUCAAGGAACAAGAUUAAAGAUUGGCCUGGUGCAAUCUUGAAGUCACUUUCCAAUCUUGUGUGCUUGAAGUUGGAUAAUAAUCCCCUGACGCAGAUUCCACGGGAUGGGUUUCAAGCAGUCUCUGGGCUUCGGAUUCUAGACCUAAGUGGUAAUGCAGUUUCCUUCAGAGAGCAUCCUAAGUUUUGCCACUUGCCACAACUGCAAGAGCUUUAUUUGAGUCGAAUCCAGCUAUCUGAAGUCCCUGAAGAUAUCCUCAACCUAUCUAACCUGAUUAUCCUUGACUUGAACCAGAAUUCACUUCAAUCGAUUCCGAAGAGUAUCAAGAACAUGACUUCACUCAAACAUCUGGACAUAUCCAACAACAACAUUUCGAGUCUUCCUCCAGAACUGGGUUUGCUUGAGCCUACACUUGAGGUUCUACGACUUGACGGGAACCCAUUAAGAAGCAUCAGGAGGCCAAUUCUAGAAAGAGGAACGAAAGUUGUGUUGAACUACCUGAAAGACAGACUUCCAGAUCAGUAGCUUUUACAACAUUAACUUCAAGACCUAUGUUGUUGUUUGUAACAUUUUUGUGUGUGGUUAAUCAAAAAAAAAAAUAUUG